GACUUUAUUCCACGCGAUCCUCACGUGUUGGUGGAACCCAGAAAUUUCAGUGAGAGAGAGGAGGAAGAGAGCAAAGAUGGAGAGAAAGGCAGUGAGAAGCGAAGCGAUGGAGAGCAUAUCGGAGAGGCUAUCGUCAAUGGAGGGCCUCUACUUCCCUCGUGCCUUACACUCCAACACCGUCAAUCCCUCCCAGCGCAAGGCCAUACUCCUAGACCUCCUCUCUCGCGACGUCGCUGUUUUCCUAGAACGCUAUGGAUCGAAAUUGACUUUUGAUGAGCUCCAGGAGUUUGACGUGCUUAAAGAUGAUUAUGAAAUCAAUUGGCAUGUGAAUCAUCUUAGACGUUUAAUGAGCCCAACGUCAGAUGAAUUGAAGUCGAGAUCGGUUACAGUCAAGAACCGGAGGCGAGCAUAUCUUAAUAAACUGAUAUUUGAUGGGCAUUAUUUCUCAGAAGAUGCCAUGAGGGAGAGGGAGCCAUACUUGCAUCAUGAGUAUGUAGGGAAGUUUCAGGAUCCGAUUGGAAGGAGCAUGGCCAGACCUGGGGAGAGGUGGUCAGACACGUUGUUGAGGAGGGCAGAGGAAGCAAUUUUGGUUGCAAAGAUUAGAGGGGAGCAGCAAAGGUUGGGUGUUUCUGAGAGUGAUUGGGUUGGUCGUGAGAGAAACCAGCAAGAAGAGCAAGAAGAGGAGGAGGAGGAAGAAGAAGAAGAGGAAGAGGAAGAAGAAGUUAAGGAGGCUAACAGGGGCGCACAAUCUGCAGAGGUGCUUAUGGAUCAUCCAGAUGCACCCAAUGGUGCUCAAACUGGGGAUCGUCUGGAUGCGCCCAAUGGUGCUCAAACCAUCACAGAAGAGCGCAGUGAGCAAGCAACUGUAUCUGCAGCAGAGUUGCAAGAUCAGAUGGAUCAGUUCACCCACAUCAUGCAGCAGAAGUUUUUGUUGGGAGAAGAUAAUGAGUAUCUAGAUUACUCAAAAAUCGACAACGACGAGACCUUGGAUGAUCACUGGCAGAGGGAAGCCAACCAUGACGCUGAGGAGAAGUACUUUGCUGAGGAUUAAGAACUUAAAUGCAUAUAGUCCUAGUUCUUAAGAGUUUUUUUUUUCUUUUUAAAUAACCUAGUGGUCUAGCAUAUACCUACUUUCUAUGUACAUUAUGUGUAACCAGCACUUUGUUUUAGUUGUUUGCUGGUUUUUUCAACUGAAACAUCUUAAGAAAUACUUGAAAAGUUAAUCCUUUUUACUGAUUAAGAUUAUGCACAUGUAAGAUACUAUAGAGCUCAAAUAUAUUUUCACAACUUUUUGAA